AUGAAGACCAGUCUCAGCAAUCAGACUGUCGACAUUCCAGAAAAUGUCAACAUCAUUCUGAAGGGAUGCACUGUUAUUGGGAAGGGCCCCAGAGGAACCCUGCACAGGGGCUUCAGUCACAUCAAUGUAGAACUCAGUCUCCUUGGAAAGAAAAAGAAGAGGCUCUGAGCUGACAAAUGGUGGGAAAAAGAAAAGAACUGGCUACCGUUGGCACUACCAGUAGUUGUGUGCAGAACACGGAUCAGGGGGGUUACACUGGGCUUCCAUUACAAGAUGAGGCCUGUGUAUACUCACUUCCCCAUCAACGCUGUUAUUCUGGAGAAUGGCUCUCCUGUUGAAAUCCAAAACUCCUUGAGUGAAAAAUACAUCCACAGGGCUCAGGUGAGAUCAGGCGUUCCUUGUUCGGUAUCUCAAGCCCAGAAAGAUGAAUUAAUUCUUGAAGGAAAUGACACUGAACUUGUAUCAAACCCAGCUGCUUCGAUUCAGCAAGCCACAACAGUUAAAGACAAGGAUGUCGGGAAAGUUUUGGAUGUUAUCUGUGUUUCCGAAGAAGGAAUAGUUCCGCAGACUGAUGAAUAA